UGCAGGGAACCGAGGAUCUACUUAUUCUAUAUUUAUAUACACAAUAUUUAUACACUGAUGGAAAUCCUGCUUCUCCUCGCGCUCGGGGUUCAUCUGACAGCAGCAGAUACACACACUUACCAGUACUUCUUCACAGCAGUUACACCAGGAAUACAUUUCCCAGAAUUCACUGUUGUGGGUUUGCUGGAUGGAGUGCAGUUUGAGUACUAUGACAGUAACAUCAGGAAGGCGAUCCCAAAGACUGAGUGGAUACAGAAAAACAAAGGUGUAGAUUACUGGAAAAGGAACACGCAGAAUGGACAGGGUCAGGAGGAGAGCUUCAAAGGCAAUGUGGAUACACUAAUGCAGCGCUUUAAUCAGACUGAAGGUGUUCACACAGUGCAGAUGAUGUGUGGCUGUGAGCUGGAUGAUGACGGCAGCACUAGAGGAUACAAACAGUACAGUUAUGAUGGAGAAGAUUUCCUCAGCUUUGAUCUGAAGACUCUGACCUGGAUCGCUCCGACACCUCAGGCUGUGAUCAGCAAGAACAAGUGGGAUAAAACAGGAGCAGCGGCUAAUCAGUGGAGGAACUUCCUGGAGAACACCUGUAUUGAGGAGUUAAAGAAGUAUGUGUCUUAUGGCAGAGAGACUCUGGAGAGGAAAGUUCGUCCUGAGGUGUCAGUGUUCCAGAAGCACUCGUCUUCUCCAGAGGUGGUGUGUCACGCUACAGGGUUCCUACCCAAAGCAGUAAUGAUCACCUGGCAGAAGGACGGAGAGGACGUGCAUGAGGACGUGGAGCUCAGAGAGACUUUACAUAACCAGGAUGGAAGCUUCCAGAAGAGAAGCAUUCUGAAAGUCCCAGCUGAGGAGCUGCAGAAACACAACUACACCUGCGUGGUUCAGCACAGCAGCUUGGGGGAUGAGAGAAUAGUGAAAGAAGUACCAAAAGGUGGAGGAUCGAUUGGUGUCAUCAUUGGUGUAAUUGCGGCUCUCGUCUCUCUUGCUGCUCUCGCCGGUUGUGUUGGUUUUCUCGUCUGGAGGAACUCGUCUGGUGAGAGGAAUAAAGCCUUUGAACCACUUCCACAAAACUCCUCACCAUCCACUGAUGAUGAUUCUUCCUCCAACAACUCCAACAACAAAGUGUGACUGUGUCUGUGCUCUGAGUUUUAUUUUAUAUCUCUGUUCUUUAAAGCACAUGAUCUCAGGAUCAGUUCUACACUUACUCUCAUCUUCUCUACACGUAAUACAACUAGUGGUUACUUUGAUAUAUUAGUGGAAAUGCUGUUUCUAACUAACCAGUAAUUUAUUCUAUGAAUCUAUUUGGUUUAAUCCAUGAUAACUGUUGUUUAUUGCUAUUCCUAUUUCUCCAAACAUUUAUUAAAGAUCAGAAUAUUGCCAUUAUUGUGUUGGUCAUUAUACAACAUUUUACUUGGGAAUCGAUUCAACCAAUCAUCUGUCAGCAUAUUAAAAUCCCCAUCUAUUAUUACAUUCUCUGUUGGGUGGAGAUGUUUAUGGUCCAGAAUAGUUUCUUAUAAAUGUGCAAAUAUUGAGUAUUGUUAUUAUAUCUGUAUAUGUUAGCAAGAAUUACAAAGAAGACCUGUCAAUAUUCAUAACCAUAAUUAUCCAGUGACCAACCAUCAGAUUGAACUGUUAUCAUUUAGAUUAGUGACUAACAGGCCUAAAGGCAGACGUCAUUGACUGAUUUUCUUUAGAAUUUUUCUUUGCAGCAUUUGAGUGCAAAAAUCAACACUAACUUAAAGAGAACCAGGAACUGUGAUACUGAGGAGAUAAAACAUGGACUGUGUGUUUGUUUCCUUUUGAGAUGGGGCUAAAGGACGGACCUACAUAUUAAAUUCUGUAAUAACAAAAUAAAUAGUAUAUAAUGUUUGUAUUUAUGUGUGCGGCCAUUAAACUGGAGAACUACAGUGUUGUUCUUCUGGAUGUGUCAUUGUAAAUACGCCCCCCUGUCACAGUA